UUGAGUUCUGAGGUUUGAGGUGAUUAGAUGUAUAUUUAUAUUUUGUGUAUAAAAGAUAUGUAAUAAUUUGCAGCGUUCCUAAAUAUUUUAUGGACUCCCGAAAGCUUAGAAGACUGGAAAUGACGACCAAAAGAUGUAAACCUACGGUAAUAAACCUUCGUGAACAUCUCCCAAAAUAUAAGGAAACCGAGCGGGGUGUCUCAAGAAAUCUAGAAAAGAAAACGCCCAAUAUUUUCGCUUUGAAACUCAAGGCUGAACUCAGUUCGGACGAUCGAAGACAGUCAGUGGUCACUGAAUUGGAUGAUGAAAUGAAAAAUGACUUUAGAUGGCUGAUUAAUUUUGAUUUGAAGUCUGUUUUCCUUUAUGACAUCGAGCGAAACAAUCCUUUUGUUAAAUACCCUAAUAAUUCGAAAAGUAUUGCUCCUCGUGUCUGCUCUAAGGAUCCAUUUGCAUGCAAAGUUCUAAGGAAUAAAAUCAAAGAUGGCACAGAAAUCUCAAAAAGAAGUUUAUUAUUACCUUGCAUUGAAUUGAUAGAAAGCUGUCUGAAUGAAGUCGGUGCAGUCAGAAUGAAAGUUAUCUAUAACUGGAUAAGAACACGUAUUCCUGCAUUAAAACCAACAGAUACUAAAUGGAAGAACGCAAUUCGUAAUACUCUGAAACUAAACCCGCAGUUCAGGAAGAUAGAUGGAAAAUAUUACUUACAGAGACAAGUUGAAUCUGAAGAAGUUAUGAAUCACCACUCUCACAAGCAGUUUAAACAACAGUGGACUUCUCAGACCAUAGGGGAAAACAUACAUUUUUCCUCAAUUCCAGAUUAUGAAAAAGGUAAUACAAUUGGCAAUUCAUGCAUCAGAAAUCAGCAUUCAAAUUCACGCACAAUCCAAUCAUUAAAAGAAAGUGCAGUUAUGAAACAGAUUACGAAAGAAGAAGCAGAAAAUAUUUCAGUAAUGGAUAUUUCCACAUCACGUCCAACUUACGUCAGCAACAGUACUUCAUAUCUUCUUGCAAUGAAUAUCACGAAAGUAAGCACCGAGAAUGAGCAUGCAAAUUGUUAUCAAGAGAACUGGUCGGCAACAUCAGGUAUGAAUUUUUAA